AUGAGGGCCAUCUUUUCAAGCUUUAGUAGGCGCGUCAACGUUGAAAGGGGCCAAGACAGCAUCGACACCCAUCGCAAACCUUCAACUCCAAAUGCUGCUCACAUUCGAGCGACUUAUUCGGCCGUUGGUGCUACGGGUGGCGGCAUAGGCGAUGCUCCCGCCAAGCCUAUGGUCCACAGUACGACAGACGGAACUACUAGCAGCGCUUGGGCUUCCAAAUUCUCGAGUUCACCUGGAUUCACACCUCCUCACAGGCGCAGGGACGCAGAGCAAAACGAUGCCGAAACUGCGAUGUCGUCUCGUCCAUCGCACCCACCGUCGAGCUACAAACAGCCUUCGUCGAGGCAGCUCUUGAACACCAGCGCAGCUCGCGGACUCGUGCGCAAAUGGUCCAUCGCAGGCAAAAGGACUACUUCACCGUCCAACGUUCCUGUCUCGGGCUCUGAAGCCUCUGUCGCCAGCGCCUCUGCUCCCAGGCAGCUAUCGCCUCACCCUGAUCCUGGCCCUCUUGCUACCGCUCCAAUCUCAAACAACAAGACGCGCGACUCCAAGCAGAUCUCCGACUACAGCCCUCAUGACGAUACCAACGAUGUUAUGACCGCCAAUGGCGUAGCAAAAGCCGACAUCUCGGUCAUGACAUCGGCGGAACUGGCCUCGAGGCUCAACGAGCUAGCUGUGGCCAACGCCGAUGACCUCCUCACCGACAACGAGUAUCGCACUUUGCGGCAGGCUGUUUUCGACCAGAUGUUGCGAGCUGACAAGCAAUCCAUGGCAGCGCCUACCGACAGGGGGCUCACAGGCAUCGGCUUGCAAGGUCGAAACCAGCAACCUGACGCCGCGGCUGCGGGCAUCCCAACGAAUGGGAACGGAUAUUUGUCUGCAGAUCUGCCCAAGCCCGAAGCGAGCCGAUCCAGAUCUUCGCUCGGGCACGAAGAUCAACGGCCAAUUUCGAUCCACAGCGCACGCAGUGGCACGUCUUCGAGCUUCCAAAACGUCAGCCAGUUCUUCAAGAAUCGUCGUCAGAACAGUCAAGACUCGCACGUAGUGCAGGAACCGUCUACUCGUGACGCCGCAAUGCGAGCCGCUCCUUUCCGGCGCGACUCAGGAGGGCUAUCCUCGCAUCUCUCGAGUGGGGACAGUCACUCACAGCGGGCCUCGUCGUUCCGUACGCAGCACUCAUCGGCCGCCAAAUCAAUGUCGCGCAUGUCGACGCUAGGACGCUUGAGAACGGGCAGCCACUCAAGACGCGAGCAAGCAGAGGCCGCAGCGCGCGACAUGGAGGAGGCUUUCUCUGCAGAAAGAACCGCGCGCUCGCUUCGUGCCGUAUCGUUGUAUGACGGUGGCAGCGCUAGCAUCUCCAUUGUUGGCAGUGCCACCCACGACAGGUCUCCUACCUCUUCCCGCGCUGAGGUGGCGCCGACAACCAUGUUUGGGACCGAGUACGUCGACAAAACAUCUUCCGAGAUCCAAGCCGAGAUCGGCGUCGUGCUAGCAGAAGGCAACCGAAUGCUGGGCACCUUUACCGUUCUCGAAGAGGCACUACUAGCCAAGCAGACCUUUCUUGAACCGCUGGCUAUUAAACGGGUCAUCGAGUCGGCUCGAGACGCGCAUCCUCUAGCUUGCGUCUCUAGCCUUGCCGUACUUGAGCGCGAAGGUCAGGGUGUACGCAUCUCGCGACCACCGCCUCCCUCGUCCUACCGACCGCCUCUCACAGCCACAACCGCAAAGGCGGUGCCCUCCCCGUCUCACGACAGGGCUUAUCCGCCGGGAGAAGCCACGUCGUCCGCGGAAAUGGCUGCGAUGCAAGUCGAGCUUGCAAGCAUCUACGUACAGAAAGCUGCAGUUGUCAAACGAUAUCAGGAUCGACUGGCGUUCCUGCAAAGCAAGCUGCGAUCGGCGGCCAUUCGCGAAGGCCUCAGAUGA